CACAAAUAAAGCCAAGUGCUCCGUCAGAACCAAAUCGCUGAGCCUGUCACCUGUGUUCUGGAAGCCGAAGCAGAAAUGUCGUCCUCAGCCAUGCCAGACUUACCUGUCCCACUCACCAAUUUGAAAUUUCAAUAUACUAAGAUUUUCAUAAACAAUGAAUGGCAUAAUUCAGUAAGUGGCAAGAAAUUUCCUGUCUUGAAUCCUGCAACUGAGGAGAAACUCUGCGAGGUAGAAGAGGGAGAUAAGGAGGAUGUUGACAAAGCAGUGAAAGCAGCGAGAAAGGCUUUUCAGAUCGGCUCUCCAUGGCGCACCAUGGAUGCUUCAGAGAGGGGACGGCUAAUAUACAAGCUGGCUGAUUUAAUUGAAAGAGAUCGUCUGCUCCUGGCAACAAUGGAGUCUAUGAACGCUGGAAAACUCUUUGCCAACGCCUAUCUGAUGGACUUAGGAGGCUGCAUAAAAACAUUACGAUACUGUGCUGGGUGGGCUGACAAGAUCCAGGGCCGUACAAUACCGAUCGAUGGUGAUUUUUUUACUUAUACAAGACAUGAGCCUGUUGGUGUGUGUGGCCAAAUCAUUCCUUGGAAUUUCCCGUUGGUCAUGUUCAUUUGGAAGAUAGGGCCUGCCCUUAGCUGCGGAAACACAGUGAUUGUCAAACCAGCAGAGCAAACACCUCUCACUGCUCUUCAUGUGGCAUCUUUAAUAAAAGAGGCAGGGUUUCCUCCCGGAGUGGUGAAUGUUGUACCUGGUUAUGGCCCUACUGCAGGGGCAGCCAUUUCUUCUCACAUGGAUAUAGACAAAGUGGCUUUCACAGGAUCUACAGAGGUUGGCAAAAUCAUCAAACAAGCUGCUGGGAUGAGCAACCUGAAGAGGGUGACCCUGGAGCUCGGGGGCAAGAGCCCCUGCAUCGUGCUUGCUGACGCCGACUUGGACAACGCUGUUGAGUUUGCGCACCAUGGGGUAUUCUACCACCAGGGCCAGUGUUGCAUAGCAGCAUCGAGGCUUUUCGUGGAAGAGUCGAUUUAUGAUGAGUUUGUUCGAAGGAGUGUUGAACGGGCUAAAAAGUAUGUUCUUGGAAAUCCUCUGACCCCGGGAGUCAAUCAAGGCCCUCAAAUUGAUAAGGAGCAAUAUGAAAAAAUACUUGACCUCAUUGAGAGUGGAAAGAAAGAAGGGGCCAAACUGCAGUGUGGUGGAGGCCCAUGGGGGAACAAAGGCUACUUUAUCCAACCCACUGUUUUCUCUGAUGUCACAGAUGAGAUGCGCAUCGCCAAGGAGGAGAUAUUUGGACCAGUGCAGCAAAUCAUGAAGUUUAAAUCUUUAGAUGAUGUCAUCAAGAGAGCAAAUAAUACUCUUUAUGGCUUAUCAGCAGGAAUCUUUACCAAAGACCUUGACAAAGCUAUUACAGUCUCCUCUGCUCUGCAGUCUGGGACAGUGUGGGUGAAUUGCUAUAGUGUGGUAUCUUCCCAGUGCCCCUUUGGGGGAUACAAGAUGUCUGGAAAUGGAAGAGAACUGGGCGAGUAUGGCUUUCAUGAAUACACAGAGGUCAAGACUGUCACAAUGAAAAUUUCUCAGAAGAACUCAUGAAGAAACUGAAGAAUGGAGAGAAGAACCCUCAAUGGUUAGGCAUCUCCUACAGUCACUAAUAUAGUGGGUUUUAAACACACAGUUGUUCUUUUCUUGAUUUUUUUUAACAUGAGCUAAUCAUAGUAAAAUUACUAUACAUUGAAAACAUGACAUGUAGCUUAUUCUCAAAGGAUCAUUUAUCUUCUGAUACAUGACCCCUGCAUCCUACCUGUAAUAAAAAGGAUGGAUUUGGAUGAAAGAUGUCUCUAGCUCUGAUGCAGUCUUGUGCUCUACUUUGUAGUUAUUUGUCCAGAAUAAUAAUCUUAUAAAAGAGUAGCAGUUGCCAUUUAGCUUCUUUCCUUUCAUGACCCUUUGAGGUCCUUAACACACCUGUUAACUUCAGACUAGAUGGGUUCUCUUCCUCUUCCCAAUAGUUGUGAAGUGAUUGUGGUUUGUCAGAAUGAUUCCUAGAAUGUCAUGUCUGCUUGUCAAAUGAAGUAAUGCCUGAAAUACUUAGCUGUAAUCUAAAUAUAAAGCUUAAUAAAAACAACCUUGCAUGAUU